AUGGCCAAGCUGUACUUUCGCUAUGGUGCCAUGAUGUCAGCAAAGACAAUGAACCUCCUGGCCAUUGCGCAUGCCUACGAAAUGCAAUCCAAGAAGGUCUUGGUGAUGAAGCCCCGGCUGGACACUCGCUUUGGAUCCUCCGCCGUCCAGAGCCGAAGUGGCCUCUCCCGGGAGGCAGAUGUGCUGAUCACCUCUGAGACAGAAUUUCCGACGGACAUGCUCAUUGGGGUCAGUUGCAUUCUUGUUGACGAGGCGCAGUUCCUGUCCCCUCGCGCGGUGGAGAGAUUGCGGAAUGUGGCAACCAUGCAAGGAGUGCCAGUGAUGUGCUUUGGUCUACGUACGGACUUUCGAUCGCGACUAUUUCCUGGAUCAAAGCGGCUGAUGGAACUGGCCGAUUCCAUCGAGGAGGUCUUUUUUCUCUAA